UGUACCCAUGGGCACUGAAUCUAUGCAUGUUGGCGCCAUUUUGGAGCUAGGAGGGGGAAGAGAGCUGCAGAGGAGGACACGAUUUAUCACAAUUCACCGUAACAGGCAGUAAAGAGCUAAAGAGGAUGGCUCACUCUAAAGCUCGAGCCACAGACGGGAAGGUGACCUACCCUCCGGGGGUCAAGGAGAUCUCUGACAAAAUCUCCAAGGAGGAAAUGGUCCGCAGGCUCAAGAUGGUUGUGAAGACCUUCAUGGACAUGGACCAGGACUCUGAGGAAGAAAAGGAACUCUACCUGAACCUGGCCCUUCACCUGGCCUCAGAUUUCUUCCUCAAACACCCAGACAAAGAUGUGCGCUUGCUAGUGGCCUGCUGUUUGGCAGACAUAUUCAGGAUUUACGCCCCGGAGGCGCCCUACACCUCCCCAGACAAAUUGAAGGAUAUUUUCAUGUUCAUAACAAGACAACUGAAAGGACUGGAGGACACUAAAAGUGCGCAGUUUAACAGAUACUUUUACCUGCUGGAGAACAUAGCUUGGGUGAAGUCCUACAAUAUUUGCUUUGAGCUUGAAGACAGCAAUGAGAUAUUCACCCAGCUUUACAGAACACUCUUCCAAGUCAUCAAUAACGGUCACAAUCAGAAAGUACACAUGCAUAUGGUGGACCUGAUGAGCUCCAUCAUCUGUGAGGGAGACACUGUGUCUCAGGAGCUGUUGGACACUGUCUUGGUCAAUCUGGUGCCUGCACACAAGAAUUUGAAUAAACAAGCAUACGACCUGGCCAAAGCUCUGCUGAAGAGGACUGCUCAGGCCAUUGAGCCUUACAUCACCAAUUUUUUUAACCAGGUGCUGAUGCUGGGAAAGACUUCUGUCAGCGAUCUCUCUGAGCAUGUUUUUGACCUCAUCUUGGAGCUUUACAACAUAGACAGCCACCUGCUUCUGUCAGUGUUGCCGCAGUUGGAGUUUAAGCUCAAGAGUAAUGAUAAUGAUGAGAGGCUGCAGGUGGUGAAGCUGCUAGCGAAGAUGUUUGGAGCCAAGGAUUCUGAGUUGGCUGCACAGAACAAACCACUCUGGCAAUGUUACCUGGGCAGGUUUAAUGACAUCCAUGUGCCUAUCAGACUGGAGUGUGUUAAGUUUGCAAGUCAUUGUCUCAUGAACCACCCAGACCUGGCUAAAGACCUCACAGAAUACUUGAGGGUCAGAUCGCAUGACCCAGAAGAGGCCAUCCGCCAUGAUGUCAUCGUCUCUAUAGUAACUGCUGCUAAGAAAGACCUGUCCCUUGUCAAUGAUGCUUUGCUUAAUUUUGUAAAGGAGAGGACCUUGGACAAGAGAUGGCGUGUACGUAAGGAGGCUAUGAUGGGUCUGGCAUCAAUCUACAGAAAGUAUGCACUGCAAGGAGAGGGAGGCAGGGAGGCCUCUAAACAGAUUUCCUGGAUUAAGGACAAACUGCUUCAUAUCUACUACCAGAACAGCAUUGAUGACAGGUUGCUGGUGGAGCGAGUCUUUGCCCAAUACAUGGUUCCUCAUAACCUGGAAACCACAGAAAGAAUGAAGUGUCUUUACUACUUGUAUGCUACCCUCGACACAAAUGCUGUCAAAGCUUUGAAUGAGAUGUGGAAGUGCCAGAACAUGCUAAGACACCAUGUCAAAGACCUGCUAGACCUGAUCAAAAAACCGAAGUCUGAAGCUUCCAGCAAGGCCGUAUAUGCCAAAAUCAUGGUGAUCACAAGAAACCUGCCAGACCCAGGAAAAGCUCAGGACUUUGUCAAGAAACUGGCUCAAGUCCUGGAUGAUGAUGAGCGGAUUAGAGAUCAGUUAGAAACCUUGGUCAGCCCCGCCUGCUCUUGCAAGCAGGCUGAAGUCUGUGUGCGGGAUAUCACUAAAAAACUUGGCAGCCCCAAACAACCCAGCAAUCCAUUCUUGGAAAUGGUCAAAUUUCUACUGGAGAGGAUUGCUCCAGUUCACAUCGACACGGAGUCCAUCAGUGCAUUGAUAAAACAGGUAAACAAAUCUAUAGAUGGGACAGCUGAUGAUGAAGAGGAGGGUGUUCCCACUGAAGAGGCCAUCAGAGCAGGACUAGAACUACUAAAGGUCCUGUCCUUCACACACCCAGUGUCGUUCCACUCUGCAGAGACCUUUGAGUCUUUGUUGGGCUGUCUGAAAAUGGAUGAUGAGAAGGUGGCCGAAGCUGCGCUUCAGAUCUUUAAGAACACAGGCAGCAAGAUGGAAGAGAGUUUUCCCCACAUCAAAUCUGUUUUACUGCCAGUACUGCAAGCAAAAGCUAAGAGAGGACCCCCUCGCCAGGCCAAGUAUGCCAUCCAUUGCAUCAAUGCAAUGUUCAGCAACAGAGACACACACUUCGCCCAGAUCUUUGAGCCCCUGCACAAAAGCCUGGACCCUGCUAACCUGGAGCAGCUCAUCACUCCUUUGACCACACUGGGUCACCUGGCCCAGCUGGCCCCAGAGCAGUUUGCUGCACCACUGAAAUCUCUUGUCGCCAACUUCAUUGUGAAGGAUCUGCUCAUGAAUGACAGGAUCCAAGGCAAGAAGACAACCAAACUUUGGGUUUCUGAUGAUGAAGUAUCUCCAGAGACUCUAGCUAAGAUCCAGGGUAUAAAGCUGAUGGUGAGGUGGCUCUUAGGAGUGAAGAACAACCAGAGCAAAUCAGGCAAUUCAACUUUGAGGAUGCUGACUGCUAUUCUGCACAGUGAUGGAGACCUAACUGAGCAGGGCAGGAUGGGUAAACCAGACAUGUCAAGGCUGCGGCUGGCGGCAGCAUGCGCCUUGCUGAAACUGGCACAAGAACCCUGCUAUCACGAAAUCAUCACAUUGGAGCAAUAUCAGCUCUGUGCUCUCGUCAUCAAUGAUGAGUGUUACCAGGUGCGACAGUGUUUUGCCCAGAAGCUUCAUCGCGGCCUGUGCCGCCUCCGUCUGCCGCUGGAAUACAUGGCAGUGUUCGCUUUGUGUGCCAAGGACCCCGUUAAGGAGAGGAGGGCUCAUGCUCGCCAGUGCCUGGCGAAAAAUGUGAACAUACGCAGAGAGUAUCUCAAACAGCAUGCAGCCAUCAGUGACAAGUUGUUCUCUCUGUUGCCGGAGUAUGUGGUGCCCUACACCAUCCACCUUCUGGCACAUGAUCCAGAUUAUGUGAAAGUACAAGACAUCGAACAGCUGAAAGAAAUCAAAGAGGCUCUGUGGUUUGUCCUUGAGAUUAUCAUGGCCAAGAAUGAGAAUAACAGCCAUGCUUUCAUAAGAAAAAUGGUGGAAAAUAUCAAGCAGACAAAAGAUGCCCAGAACCCCAGUGACCCCAAAACAAAUGAGAAGCUCUACACAGUGUGUGACGUUGCCAUGAACAUCAUCAUGUCAAAGAGUACCACCUACAGCCUCGAGUCCCCAAAAGACCCUGUGCUGCCCUCACGCUUCUUCACUAAACCAGACAAGAAUUUCAGCAACACUAAAAAUUACCUCCCACCAGAGAUGAAGGCGUUCUUCACCCCAGGAAAGCCCAAGUCGGCUAACGUUUUGGGUGCUGUCAACAAGCCCCUGUCAUCAGCGGGUAAACCGCUCCAGAGUAAAGCCUCUCGUAUGGAGACUACCAGUAACAACGACUCCUCAUCUAACCCAAGCUCCCCACAACGCAGCAAGAGCAGACAUGACAGCACAGAAAUGGAUCAUAGUGAAAAUGAGGACUUCAGCCUAAAGAGAGCAGACAGUGUUGAAAAGGAGAUGGAAAAGCCUCGUGGUCGUAAGCGGGGGGUGACCUCCAGUGAAGACCAGGAGAGCAAGCCAAAGCGUGGACGCAAGAAGGCGGCCGCCAACACAGCCCUGUCAGCUGAAUCCGAGGACCAGUGGGACGAGGACACUCGGCCGGAGGACGAACAGAACAGCCCACCAAAAAAAGGACGAAGGGGCCGGCCCCCAAAGUCCGCAACGGCUAGUCAGGACACACCUGUCAAGGGAAGAAGGGGACGAAAGAAGGCAGCUCCUCCACCAGAAGAAGAUGAAGAUGAGGAGGAAGAAGAGGAGAGGGGGGAUGAAGAAGCUGAGGAUGAAGAUGAGGAGGAUGACAGGAGCAGUGAAAACAUGGAGGUGAAGACUAAGGGAGGAAGACAAGCCAGGGCGCCACGGCGAUCUCAAGGCAGCUCUGAGUCGGCAGAGUCUACCCCACAGAAGAGACGAGGACGUCCACCCAAAUCAGCUCAGCCAGCUGCCAAGAAACCAACGCGUGGUGGCCGAUCAAAGGCCACUGCUGCAAAAGAUGACUCUGAGGAAGAAGAUGAAGAAGAGGAGGAGGAGCAGGAAGAUGAGCCAACACCAAGGGGUCGCAAGAAGGCAGGCGGGCGAAGAAGAUGAGCUGAAAACGAUGGAGGAUGAUAGCAGACAGCACGUCUCCUCUGAAAUCAAGGAGGAAUGACGCGGGAAAGAAAAUACGAACAUUGAACUUUUUAAACUUUUCAUAUGCCGACGCUCCUGCUGUUACACCAAUUUACACACUUGCUUAAACCACGUGCACACUACAUCAGAACAUCCGCACCGUCAGCUGUGGGUUGUUGCUUCGUGUUGCAUUGUGAUGAUGUUUCCCACAUUGAGUAGAAAUCAUUUUACCAGAAAAACAAAAAAAAAAACAAAAAAAAAAAAACCAAAAGGAAAAAAAACAUCACUGUAAAUAGUCUCUCUCGUCUGUUUCAUGUUCUGUUGUUGUGUUUGACGCUGACUGGGGGGGAUGCUGCAAGGCCUUUUCCCACUGAUUAUUAAAAUGUUCCCUUAAAGCAAUAUCGCUUAUCAAACCUCCCUCUGUGUCAUGCUUUUAAAAACAAAGAGAUUAACCAUCCACUUGAGGGGAGGUGGUGACAUGGUGUCAUUUUACCUUUUUAUUAAACAUGUUCUUGUUUACAACUCUGUAUAUGAAUACCCCCUUUUUUAACCAUGUAUUGACAUCUUUUUUUUUUUAUGUCUAAAUUGUCCAAAUGUAGAGCUGCUUCUGGAUAUUGUAGUGUGUGUCUCAUUUUUAGGUUUGUACUCACUGGUAGGAGAAAGUCUAGAGCAGCUGUGGUUGUUGUGUUUGUCACUGCUUAUUAACUUGGCUUCACCUCCACCCAGUCAGAUCCUCUGUUGUAUCAAUAUAAUUCUCUAUAAAACCUGA